UCUGAGUGCUGCCAUUGUACACUGGUCCUAAAACCCUAGUCCAGUAUAUUUGAUUUCAGUUUCAAUCCAAAUUUGCAACUGAUUGUAAUAUAUUUCUAUCAGAAGUUCCGUACUUUGAGCUCACAAUUGAAUCAUGAAGACCAAGAACCUGAAAAAGAAGAAAGCUUCAGCUCAAAAUACCCAGAAGGGCAGCAAGAAGAGAUUUUCAAUUGAAAGAGACCCAUUUUUCGAUGAAGACAACGACUUGAAAAGGCGAAAGAGAUUUGGAGAUGAUGAAGAUAUAGAGAGCAGUGAUGAUUCGGAGGACAUUUAUGGGUCUGAUGAUGAAGGAGUGGAUAGGAAUGGGGGGAAGGAGGAAAAAGAAGAGGAGGAGGAGGAGACAGCAGCUGAGAAGAGAAAGAGGCUGGCGGAGGCAUUUUUGCAUAGUGUGAGGGAGUCGAAGAGGAAAGAAGAGGAAGAAAGAGAGAGUGGAGAUGAAUAUGAUAGAGAGGAGAGGGAAGCAAUGAGAGACUCAUGGAUGGUAGACAUGUUGCAGAAGGAGCAGAUGGAGGAUAGUGGUCGUUCCAGAAGAGCUAUUGCUUCCAGGAUUCAAAAGCCUACCGAGGGUUUUCACCUUUUAGUGAAACAUCGACAGUCUGUAACUGCCGUGACGUUAUCUGAGGAUGACUUAAAAGGUUUUUCAUCUUCUAAAGAUGGUACUAUUGUUAGCUGGGACGUGGACAGUGGAAAGACAGAAAAGUAUGCAUGGCCUACUGAUGAAGCUUUGAAGUCACAUGGUGCAAAGGAGCCACAAGGUCGAGCAACGAAACAUAGUAAGCAUGUUUUAGCUCUGGCUGUCAGCUCUGAUGGACGCUAUCUGGCAAGUGGAGGCUUGGAUCGUCAUGUUCAUUUGUGGGAUGUCCGAACACGGCAACAUAUUAAGGCAUUCCCUGGUCAUAAGGGACCUGUUUCAUGUUUGACAUUCAGACAAGGAUCUUCUGAACUGUUUUCGGGGUCGUUUGAUCGAUCCAUCAAGAUAUGGAAUGUGGAAGAUAGAGCUUAUGUAAAUACUUUAUUUGGUCAUCAAAGUGAAGUUCUAACCAUUGAUUCUUUGAGGAAAGAAAGGGUGUUGACAGUCGGACGAGACCGAACCAUGCACUUAUGGAAGGUCCCAGAGGAAUCUCAAUUGAUAUUUCGUGCUCCAGCAACUUCCCUUGAAUGCUGCUGUUUCAUCAAUAAUGAUGAGUUUCUAUCUGGUUCUGAUGAUGGAAGUAUUGAGCACUGGAAUGUAACAAGGAAGAAGCCUGUCCACAUUGUAAAAAAUGCACAUGCUUCAUUGCAAUCAGUGGGAAUUGAACAGGGAAAUGGGGCUCUAUCAAAUGGCCACAUGGAAAAUGGCACCCUUAAUCCUCAGUGUCAUUCAUCAUCAGCACUCUCUUGGGUUAGUGCACUGACAGUCUGCAGAAAUAGUGAUCUUGCAGCAUCAGGAGCUGGCAAUGGGUCUGUUCGAUUGUGGACAAUUGAAAAUGAAUCAAAAGGCAUCCGGCCAUUGUUUGAGCUCCCAGUGGCUGGAUUUAUAAAUUCCUUAGUUUUUUCAAAAUCAGGACAGUUCUUGGUUGCUGGAGUAGGGCAGGAACCUCGCCUAGGAAGGUGGGGACGUAUUGCUGAUGUUCGAAAUGGAGUUUUUGUGCAUCCUUUGAAGCAUUCGUGAUAUUGAGCUCGUUGCUCAUUGUCCAUUUUGGCUCAUGCUAAAGGAGGAAUAACCUUCCGUGUACUUUCUUGUGAGGUCAAUAUUUAUUUUUAUGUUGGCAAAAAUUUUGAUCUAUCAAUUUUGAUAUCAUUUUCUUCUCUCUUUUCACCUUUGUUCAUAUUGAAUCAGCUACGUAAUAGCGAUGUAAGGAACAAUUUUAGUGUAUUAAUUUAAAUUCACAUGGCUUCAGAGA